AUGUUUAGACGAGAUGCGCUUAUUGGGAUGCUGCCAGAAGAUUGCAUGGUCCCGGUUGGGGUGCAUUGCGUCCAUUUCCUCGGACGGGCUCCGGGUGAUCGUCCGCUAUCUCCAGUGCCGUCCGUCAGAUGGCAAAUGGGUACUCGGAGAAGAGUCCCCCUGACGCCAGUGAUGGAGGCCCAUAAUGGGAACCAGCUGGCUCAUCUACUUUGGAAUGAGACUGGCUCGGACCUGGCCGUCGUGGAUUGUUCGGGCCGCAUAUCCAUAUAUUCCAUAUCAAUCGCACUGAACAGCAUCACCGGUCUGCGGCAGGCCGCCUUCGACUCUGGCGAUGAUGGAAGCCAGGUGGUUGGGAUGAUGUGGCUCAACUCUCAGCGUUUUAUUCACUCCUUUCAUCAGGCAGCCAAGGUCAAUGGUCGAUGGGCGUAUUCGCCCUUCCGCCGACGUCCCAUCGGGCCGUUCCACCCAGCUAAUAAAGGCGCCUUGCUCUGUGUCACAAGAGCCGGCCAAAUGAAGCUGAUUUAUCAGAACCCCGACAGCAAAUGGGCCGAGCUACCAAUUGAACUCAAAAGUACAGGGUACUCGGAUAGGUUAUUAACACAUGCAUCCAUGACUGCCACACAAGCCGGUAUCCUGCUUGCUACAUAUUCUGCAUGUCAGAAAAUGUGCCUGUACAGAGUCCACAUCACCUGGAAUCCACCACAGUGGGAGCCGACCCAGGCGAAGCAGCCAGGCCAGUAUCCUGUGCCCAGCAUCCGCUUGAUCCACUGCAAGGUCGACAUGCCAAGCAAUAUAUUGAAUGUCAACCACGGCCUCGACCAUUCGGAUAAUUCAUUGCCAUUUUCCAAUACAGUGUACUCAUUAACUCGAUUGGAGAUUAUGCCAGGGCUGGUGGACAGCCCUGCAGGGUCUUCAGCUAAUCCUUGGAUCCUGGCUAUCUUCUCAAAACCUUUACAUGCCCCGCAUGAAUACCCAGAGCAGCUGGGCCCGUCAAGUGUCAUUGUCAGAUGGCACUUGGAGUCUGCGCAACAAACACUCCAUCCCAAGUUCGACGAGGUGGCCUCGAAAAAGAGUAACGCCCAAGCAAAGCCCCAAAUGGAGUUGCGCCGCUUAGAAGAUAUCAACUGUGACAAGUACAUUGUGUCCACCGAGUUGGUGGAAUAUGGAUCUGGACUGGCUGUUACUUACGAAGACGGCUCAAUUACGUGCUAUGAUACGAAAACAAUGGUCCCUUUCACUGGACUUGACGACUCAAGUACAGUCACCUGCCUCGCCCAGGCUGGGUAUCAGUACCCCAUCGAACCAUCGGGUCUCCACAUCACCUUCUCUCCUAAUUCAUGUGUUGCCGUCACGCUGGACAGUGACGGACAGACGCAAUUGAGAGUGAUGGAACAUUCUUUCGGUUCCACAGAGGGCGCUUACGACGAGAACAGGUUUUCUGCCGCGAUAGCGGCCUUGACGUUGACGUUUUGUCGGGGAUGUGGAGGCGAUUCUAAUACAGACGACAUUGUCAUGGUUGCCCUCCGGCAAUUAUCACCCGAUGCCCAAACCUCAUUUAUCAGUGAGGUUUACCGCGCAUUGCCAGUCAAUUGCAACUUCACCGCAGAACAGGACAAAUUGAUGAGUCAUCCCUAUAUACCUCGUUGUCUCAGCCUACAAGCGGCACUUGGAUUUGGAGGCAGACUCAAACAACGCAAUCUCGCAUCGUCCGUCCCAUGGGCGAUUCUUCAGCUCCGCCAUGCCUCAGUGCUAUAUGCAUACUUCUUCCAAUACAACAAAGUUGGACAAACAGAAUCGCAUGAUCCAGAUGUCCUGCGCAUGGUGUUGGGCAAUACCAAAUGGACGCUAGACUUCUCCCACUUCAUCCUGAACGAGAUCUUCGACCUGGCAGAUGAGUUUGAAGAUGUCUUCAACGACCCGGAAGCAUUCACUCAGAAACUGAAAACCACCACAUCCCUCCCCCUCCUAAUCCUCCUCUCCAGCAUGUCCCGCGCCUUCCUCCGCUUCACCUGCCGCGGCCUCCGCGGCGUCCACGCCGGCUUCGCAACCGCAAACCCAGCAUCCCUCCUCGGCGACUCCCGAGUCUACUACACCGAAAUCUGUCAAACCCUCGAGUCCUCAGCCGUACGCAUAGACGUCUACGAGAAGUUCCUCGCAGGCGUCGACUCAGCCGUGAAACACGCCUACCAAGGCGCCGGCUUCGGCGACGCCGAACGACCAGGUCCAGAAAAAGAACUCCUCGUCAACGCACGCAUUCCCCCCGUCCUCACGAGCGCAGUGGCAACACUCCUCCGACAGACCGUCCCAUCACUGAAAUCAGAGAUCAAUCGCAUGGCCAUCUACCUAGGGGACUAUAGCUGGCUUGGCUUUGGGAAUGAUCGCCGCACCGCGCUGUACAGGAAGCAGCGCGAGGUGGAUAUUCUUAAGAAAUGUGCUUUGAGGCCGCCGUUGCCGCUGGGUAAUGAUGGGCGUGUAGCGCCGCUUAAGAAGAGGCGGUGUGCCCGUUGCUGUGAGGUUUCUGGGGAUACGAAUUUGCCGAGGUCGCUUUCGUCGUUCAAGAUGAUUGCGAAGUUGGGGUUGUUGAGGUCUUGUCUUUGUGGGGGGGAUGUGGAUCCUUCAGACGGAUUCUGGGGAGCUUGGGAGUCAUGA